CCGCCGCGAACAGCCCAGACAUGACCGUGCUCAAGGCACUGACAUUCAGCCUAACCAUAACUGCUGCCGCGGCGAAGGGCUACUGCAACGACCGUGACAGCUCGUGCGCUAACUGGGGCAAGAACGGCGAGUGCGAGGGCGACAACGCGGACGCUGUCAAGAACCUGUGCCCGCACACUUGUGGUGUCUGCAGCCACGCGUGCGGCGACAUGGAGUCGCACUGCGAGGCCUGGGCCAAGAGCGGCGAGUGCGAAAAGUCGCCCGAUUACAUGAAGAAGGAGUGCCCCACCGCCUGCGGGCUGUGCAACCCCGUGUGCUCCGACCUGCACGACGACUGCAACCACUGGUACAAGGAGGGCGCGUGCGAGACGAACCCGUGGUACAUGUACCUCAACUGCGCCGUCUCGUGCGGCGUGUGCAAGCCCAUGUGCAAGGACAAGGAGAACGACUGCCCCGGCUGGUCCUCAAUGGAGGAGUGCUCCAAGAAUGCAGGCCACAUGCUGCUCAAGUGCCCGAACUCGUGCUCCGUCUGCGAGGACCGCGGCCCGUGCAAGGACUUCAACACCACGUCGUGCGCCAUCUGGGCGAUGGACGACCAGUGCCUCGUCAACCCCGGCAUGAUGAACAAGGAGUGCCCCGUCACCUGCGGCGUGUGCUCCAACGUCUGCGAGGACAAGGAGGCGGCGUGCAAGGACUGGGCCAAGGACGGCGAGUGCGAGAAGAACGAGGCGCACAUGCUGGUCACGUGCCCGUCGGCGUGCGGGCUUUGCUCGCAGCUGGAGCGCUUCUACCGGACGGGCAUCGACGGCGGGAAGGACGAGCUAUGAGCACCGCCCGCUCGUCCGCCGCCCGCCGGAGGCGCUUCGGAGGCCGAGCGCAAGGCGAGUGCGGGGACCCGCGGCUCGCAGUCUGCAUAUGCCGAUGGUGGGUGGCGAGUUGGACGGGGCCUCUUGUGUUUAGUUUGCGGGUAAGGCGGCACCGUGUCUCUCGGGCCGUGGCGCGUGGGGGGCGGGCUGAUCACCAGGCCCAUAUUCAAUCUCUGACUCUCUCGCGUUUGGUUUCUUUGGUAGGGUGUAGGGGCGUUGCCAUGACGCAUGAGCGCGUAUGCAACCGCAUGUGCGCGCGUUAUCGAGAGAGAGGAUUCACCGCAUUCAGCUUUCACCGGGUAUAUUGAAUAUUAUGCGCUA